AUGUCUAAGGGAAAAGUCUGUCUCGCCUACUCUGGUGGUCUCGAUACCUCCGUCAUUCUCGCCUGGCUCUUGGAAGAGGGCUACGAAGUCAUUGCCUUCAUGGCCGAUGUUGGUCAAGAGGAGGACUUUGAGGCUGCCCGUGUCAAGGCUCUCAAGAUUGGUGCCACCAAGUUCGUCGUCAAGGAUGUCCGCCGCGAAUUCGUCGAGGAACUCUGUUUCCCCGCUGUCCAAUCCAAUGCCAUUUACGAGAACGUUUACCUGCUUGGUACUUCUCUUGCUCGUCCCGUCAUUGCCCGUGCUCAGAUUGAUGUUGCCCGUGAAGAGGGCUGCUUUGCUGUUUCCCACGGCUGCACCGGUAAGGGUAACGACCAGGUCCGCUUCGAGCUCGCCUUCUACGCCCUCAAGCCCGAUAUCAAGGUCAUUGCUCCUUGGCGUCUUCCUGAGUUCAUUGAGCGCUUCAAGGGCCGCUCUGACCUCAUUGAGUACUCUGAGACAAAGGGUAUCCCAGUCGCUCAAACCAAGGCCAAGCCCUGGUCCACUGAUGAGAACCUUGCUCACAUUUCCUUCGAGGCCGGUAUCCUCGAGGACCCCGAUACCACCCCACCAAAGGACAUGUGGAAGCUCACUGUCGACCCCACCGACGCCCCAGACACCCCUGAAGACUUCACUGUCGAGUUCAAGGAAGGUCUCCCCGUUAAGAUUACCUACGAGAGUACCAAGACCGUCACUGACCCUGUUGAGCUCUUUUUGACCGCUAACAAGAUUGCCCGCCGCAAUGGUGUUGGCCGUAUCGACAUUGUCGAAAACAGAUUUAUCGGCAUCAAGUCCCGUGGCUGCUACGAAACCCCUGGUCUCACCAUCCUCCGUACCGCCCACAUUGAUCUCGAGGGUCUUGUCUUGGACCGUGAGGUCCGUGCUAUCCGUGACACUUUUGUCACCCCUACCUUCGCUAAGAUCCUUUACAACGGUCUUUACUUCUCUCCUGAAGGUGAGUACACCCGUGCCCUCAUUGGCCCCUCCCAGAAGACCGUCAAUGGUCAGGUCCGUGUCCGUGCUUACAAGGGCUCUCUCACUAUCCUCGGUCGCUCCUCUGAGACUGAGAAGCUCUACGAUGCUACUGAGGCUUCCAUGGAUGAGCUUACCGACUUUGACCCCACCGAUACCACUGGUUUCAUUGCCGUCAUGUCCAUCCGUGUCAAGAAGUACGGUGAGUCCAAGAUUGCCCGUGGCGAGUCUUUCUAA